UGCCCGUUAGCGACGUCUAGUAAACAGGAAGUAUGAUGCGAGAAGCGGUUAGUUCAACUGAACUCCAACGAACAAUAAAUUUACAACACUUUGUUAGAAAAUGAAGUACGAAAGGCUUUUGGGCUCUCCCAGAAGUUGCAGUUGUUCUCUGUUGAUGGCCUAUAAUAAGUUUGGCUCCUUUGAGGCCGCUCGGUAGUCGCUAAACUUUGGCUAGCCUGCUGGGUAACUUAGCAGGAUUGUUCAGAGGAUGUGUUCGUCGACUUUUUUUUUUAGCGAGUUUUCUACGUGUUUAGCCUGAUGUCGGUAGCGUUUCCUUGGUUUAUUUUGUUAGUUAGCAGACUUUACGCGUAGCGGUGGGACAGCUACAUGUCGUCGUUAUGGCAGGCAAGGAGCUGAGUCUUAUUGACAAGAACAUAACAAGCUUGCUAGAUAUUCCCCUGAUACCCACUGUAGCGUCACUUAAUCUGCACUGCAAUCACAUCCCGAGGAUCGAGGGCCUGACCUCAGCUUGGCACCUGCGACACUUAGACCUUUCCUCCAAUUGCAUUUCUAAGAUUGAGGGUCUGAGUUCCCUCACUUCCCUGAGGACUUUAAAUUUAUCCUGCAACUUAAUCACCAAGGUUGAAGCACUGAAUGGGCUUGUGAAUUUAACGAGAUUAAACUUGUCCUACAAUCAGAUAAAUGAUCUCAGCGGCUUGUUGUAUCUCCAUGGCACGGAGUACAAGCUGAAACACCUCAGUCUCCAUAGCAACUACCUGGACAGCAUUGAUCACCUCCUGCAGUGCCUUCUGGGAAUACAAGGGUUAAGAGAGGUGACUUUAAGUCAGGAUGGCAGAGACAACCCUGUCUGUAGGUCACCAGGUUACAGGGAGAUUGUUUUGCAGUCACUGCCGCAGGUCUCUGUUCUGGAUGGCCUAAACCGACUGGGAAACCGAUCACCUCAAAGUCUCAGUAGUCUCUGUGAUAUCCCCGGUCUAGAAGAUUACGUGGACCUCCUACUCUCAUCUGACACAAGUCACAAUGAAGCGGUAAUUUUUUAUGCUAAGCUACUAUCAAUUCCAGUGUAG